AAUACCUUUGUUUCUCUUGUUCCAGUAAAGAUCCAUCAUUCUAACUCCUAUUUUCCCCUUCUUUUAUCUUCUUCCUUGUUUCAUUCAACCAUUAAUUUCUUUUUUGUUCCUCUUUUAGAUUAUUUUCUUUCUCUAUUUUGUUCAAUUUAUCUUUUACGGAAAAAAAAAAUGUAAGUGUCUUUUAGCAUUUUAAUAUUACAAAUGAUUAUAUUAAAGUGUUGCUUUUAAAGUGUCUUUGAAAUGAUCCACCACAUUCAGUUCAUGCACCUUCAGUUCAUGGCAGAAUGUGGAGUUUAAUGCCUUUGAAACUCCUUUAUCCAUUUAUCACUUUUACUCCUUUCACUUAGUGUCUCAUUUUCUUCCUUUUGACCAUGUUAUUCACGUUGUGGCAGUAAGUAAGCCAUAAAAUUUCUGUUAAAUUUGUGUAACCACUAAUCCUUUACUCACCCUCGUUCUUCCUCUUUAUGUGUGUAACUUAUGUAACCUCUAAAUAAUAAUUUUUGCAUUUAUCUACCUACUUUAUUACUCUAUUCAUAUCAAAUUAAUUCAAGGAUGAUUUUCCUAGCUAUAAAUAGUUAGUCAUCCUUAACUUGUGAGGGUAGAGAAAAAUAUAUAUUUUGGAGAGUUCUUGAAAAGUGAGGAAAAUAAAAGAGAGUUUAUUAGUUGAAGAAAGGUGUUCUUGUUUUUGGUGGAGCUUUGGACUCAACAUCUUGUCCAGAGUUUGUUGAGUUGUACGACGUGAUCGGGCUGUUGUAUCCUGGAGGGGACAAGUUAGAAAGAUUACUGCUGGACCGGUAGAUUUGCUGCAGUGGGCUUGAAUCUCCUUAAAGAGAGCAAGUUAUCCGCGCCUCAGCCGAAGAUAUUUUUAUUUCUUCAUUUUAUUUUUCAAUUGUAAUUAUAAUUUCAUUGUAUUAUCACCAACAAAAAAUCUAGAACAAUUUUUAUUACUUCAUUUUUUAUAACGUGAAUUAGUUAGUUUUACAUUCAAAGGUUUAAUUUUAUUUUUUUCAAAACUAAAGAUAUUAUAAUGAGCACUGUAAAUGUUUCAGCAAAAAAAAAAAAAAAACACGGCAAAAUUGAAUCAAAACUGGUCUUUAAACGACACCAACCAAAACAUUAAUCCAAUUACCAUAAAAGGUAAAGCAAAAGCACUUUCAUAUCUCAAUCUAACGGCAAUGGGACAACAAAAAAAUAGGGGUGUGGCAGAAGUAAUGGCAAGGGGAAAACUUCUGCAUAUGAAAGCGGGAAAUGGAGAAUGCAGUUAUGCCAGCAGCUCCACUCUUCAGAGAGAGGUAAUACUAAAGGCAAAACCUGUUUUAGAAGAUGCCAUCAAGAAGAUGUUCAAUAGUGGUGAGUUUCCCAAGUGUUUUAAUAUGGCAGAUUUGGGUUGCUCUUCAGGACCAAUCACCCUUUUCACAGUGUCGAAUGUUAUGAAGACCGUACAAAGAUUAUGCCACGAGAAGAGCUGCAAAAUGCCAGAGUUUCAAGCUUAUCUUAAUGAUCUCCCUGAUAAUGACUUCAACACUCUUUUCAAAUCGAUUCCAUUGGUCUAUCAGAAUCUCAAAGAUGGAGCAAAUUGUUUCGUAUCAGGCAUGCCAGGUUCCUUUUAUGAGAGGCUAUUUCCUACCAAAACCUUGCAAUUGGUUCACUCAUCUUACAGUCUUCAUUGGCUCUCCCAGUCUCCAGAAAAGAUUGAGAACAACAAUAGCAUAUACAUAACAAGGACAAGUCCUCCUCAAGUAUUUGAAGCCUACAAGAAGCAAUUUGAAAAGGAUUUUUCAAGGUUUCUGCAAUUACGCUCCGAGGAAGUAGUAACUGGUGGACACAUGCUUAUAACAUUUAUUGGAAGGAGCAUUCCUGAUCCCCAUGGAUAUCACUGUGUUCAUCUGGAUCUUCUAUCAGAGUCACUCAUAGAUUUAGUGCAUGAGGGACUUAUUGAACAGGUAGAACUAGACUCCUUUAACUAUCCUUUUUAUUCACCAUACAAGGAUGAAUUAAAAAAGAUAGUUGAAAUGGAAGGUUCAUGUGAUCUUGAUAACCUAGAGAUUUUCCAAAUGAACUGGGAUGAGAGGGACAACGACGAUGACAUUUGUUUCGAUGCCUAUAGCAGCGGUAAACAUGUAGCAAAAACCAUGAGAGCUGUUUUAGAACAAAUGCUUGUUAGCCAUUUCCAAUUUGGAGAGUCCAUUGUUGACUAUUUGUUUGAGAGAUAUGCCUACCAUUUGGCUUGUCAUUUGUUGGUUCAAAAAGGUAAAUUUUGCAACAUUGUCAUAUCUUUAAGAAAGAAAUGACAAAGAGUGAAAAAGACGGCAGAUGUUGCACUUGCCAAUACAGCUACGUACCACACUAGUGGAUUCUGGAAUAUCAAGCUUAUUUUUAUGUCAAUGCCAAUUCUCUAUACUUCUGAGCUGCAGACAUUGUACUCCAAUAUCUUUCAGGGAGUGAUAGUUUAUUAAUAAAUUUCAGGAGAUUGUAUUCCAUAUA